AUGUCAGAUACUCUAUGGAACUUGUUCUAUGCCGAUGUCCAGACGACGUGUGAUCGGGACGAGCACUCGACCAGAUUUGUUCGUUGGAGGAAGCAACGUCUUCGUAAGGACUGGAAGCACUUCUGCGAGAUUAUGCAGUGUCCGCGGGACGAUGUCAACCUCGACGAACCUACCGGUGCACGAGAGCUCUGGACGCCGCCUCCACCCCUUAACCAGGACUAUCUCCGCCGCGACAUCACGUCGCUUACAGGAUUCGACUACUCUCCAGUCGAGAAGAAGGAGGUGAAGUUCUUUAUCGAGAAGGAACUCUGGGAGGCCGAAGGACUCUCGACAAAGGCACGAAAGAAGGCGCUCGCCGAUCUGCCGGUUAUAGAAGACGUCCUCGACUUCCUGUGGCAGCGGGAUGAAUUUGUCUAUAAGCAUCCUCGGAUCCGCAUCCAGAUCGCCACGGGUAUUCUUUGCAUCUGGUAUAUGGGCGUUCGUACAGGCGAAUUCACCGAGAAUGCGUGUUCUUUGCCUAACGAAGGACUACUCUGGAAGGACUUUAACAUCUCACUUAUCUACGACUCGUCUCCCACAUUCCAUAUACAGGUACAGCUACGUAACCGAAAAGGAAGGAGGGGCAAGGAGAGCGCAUUCCAGACCGAGAACCUCCGCGAAGAGAAAGAUCGCUGGCGAUGUCCUUUGACCUUGAUUCUCGCGCUCGCCAUCGAAGACAAAGCGCUUAAAGGCAUCGAUACUGUUGAGGAUCUUCGAACACUUGGAUUUCACGAACACCAGACUAAGAUGGACCUCAGGAUUCGUUGUGAGAUGCGCGAAAUACCCGUGCUUCGAAGGACGCAGCAAGGAGGGUGCGGAAUAUCGAAGGACGCGAUUUUGAGAGGCACCACCUUUGCACAACUCCUAUCUGAUCUUGGUGCUCGUGCCGGGUACGUCGACGCACUGGUGCCAUACAAUAUCCGCCGUGGAUUUGGUAAUCGCUUAGAUAAGGAGCUGACCGAAGCCGAACGUUGUAGGCAAAUGGGCCACCAGAACUCAAGUACCUUUCAGUACUACCUGUCACAGGCGGCUCCUUGCGAUGUGCAAGCCAUUAUGAACGGACAUGCAGCCGAUCAGGAGAAGGUCGAUUUCCUGCGCUCUAUGAGGUCAAACAUUGAUCGAACAGCUCCUAAGCAGCGGCAAUCGUCCCUAACGGAGCCCCGGUCCCGUCGCCACGACUAA